GACUUUCAACAUCUAGCGCGUCUUGUUUUCAGAUGUUUGAUACAUAAAGAAUAGGUUGCUAUUUGGUUGACGGCAUCCGUUUCUAUUACAGUCAAUCAACUGAUAUGGCGUCUAGCUGACAUGUGCUACGAUGUCUCAAGCAAGCGAUAAAGCAAAGGCGUCUAAUCUGAAAGACCUGCUCGAGCAGGAGGUGCCCCAGAAGAAGUUUGGAGCCCGGCCAGAGCUCACCACCAAACAAAAGCUGGAGCUGAGCAAGGCGUUUGGUAUCUUCGACCCCAGGGGAAGUGGUCUGAUCGAGCAAAGAGGCUUCAUGCUCGCGAUGAGAGCUCUAGGGUUCGAACCCAAGUUCAGCCAAGUUGACGAUCUUAUCGCCAAGGUAACAGGAACGACUGAUAAUGAAAUGAUAGACUUCAAAGAUUUCUAUAACCUACUAAACCUGGUCAUGACAGGAGAUGAUUCUAAAGAAGAUGUCAGAAAGGCUUUUAAAAUGUUUAGCUCCCCUGAAACUGGGGUAAUUUCCCUUGAUAAUUUAGAGGCAGUGAACCAAGAACUUGGAGAAGACAUAUCUAGGGAAAAGCUACAAGAAAUGAUUUCAUUUGCAGACAAAAAUGGAGAUGGUGUGAUUGACCUGCAAGAAUUUAUUGCCAUGAUGGAAAGGCCAAUGCUUGAAUGAAUGUAUCUUUUAAAAAAUUACAUAUUCAGAUUAAUUUUACAAUCUAAAAAGAAAGUGAAAAGGUGGUUUUUUUUUAAAUGUUCAGAUAAAUUUUACCUAUAAAAAAAAAAUUACGUGAAUGCGGUUUCAAUGUUUUAUUGGGAUUAAAAACACUACAUUUUAAUGUAAGUAUUAAACCGAAAGAGAUUUUGUUAAGUGGCCCA